AUGGCUGCAAGGACUUCAUCAAGGAAGUACCAAGAUGUUCUUUGUUUUGUGUUCCUUAUUUUGAUUUGUCUUUGUAAGGGCCAAGACUCUCCAUUGUCAUCAAUGGAGAAGAAGGAGCAGGAAGUCAUUUACUCUGUUAUUGAAGGGUUGGUUGGAAAGUGGUGGAACGGUUCAUAUCUUUAUCCAGAUCCUUGUGGAUGGACUCCAAUACAGGGAGUUUCCUGUGAGCAAUAUGAUGAUGGUUUCUGGUAUGUAACUGCAGUAAACCUUGGACAAGUUUUUGACAACUCUCUAAUCUGCAACCAUGAUGCACAAUUCCCAGAACAACUAUUCAAUCUCAAGCACCUAAAAGUCUUCUCACUGUCUAGUUGCUUCCUUUCUCCUAACAAAUAUCCUGUUAAACUUCCCAUUUCAAACUGGGAGAAGCUCUCAAACAGUUUGGAAUCUUUGACACUUAGAUCAAACCCUGGUCUUGUUGGGACUAUUCCAUCCACAAUUGGCUGCCUUAGGAAGCUUCAAUCUCUGGUACUGCUAGAAAAUGGGCUAACAGGUGAACUACCAUCAAGUAUUGGUAAUUUGGUCAAGUUGAGGCAACUAGUCCUUGCAGGAAAUGAUUUGGUGGGUGAGGUUCCAGUCAAUUAUGGAAGGUUUUCUGAGCUGUUAAUAUUUGAUGCAAGCAGGAAUAAUCUAUCAGGAGCAUUGCCAUCAACAAUGAAAUUUUUGAAUUCACUUUUAAAGCUUGAUUUGAGUAACAAUAUGUUAAGGGGAGAGUUGCCAAGGAAACUGGGAAGACUAAAGAAUCUUACUUUACUGGAUGUUAGUCAUAACAAACUUAGAGGUGGGUUGGCUGGGACACUGGAAGAACUGGUUUCCUUAAAGGAUUUGGUUUUGUCCAACAACCCAAUAGGGGGUGAUCUCUUGGGAAUUAGGUGGGAAAAUUUCCAAAACAUAGAAACCUUGGACCUUUCUAACAUAGGUUUGGGAGGGAGUGUACCAGAGUCCAUGUCACAAAUGAAAAAGCUUAGAUUUCUGGACCUUAGUAAAAAUAAUAUUUCUGGAAGUCUCUCUAAAAGUUUGGAAAACCUGCCAUGUCUUAGAGCUCUUCACGUAAAUGGAAAUAAUUUGACAGGAAUACUUGACUUCUCAGAAAGGUUUUACAGUAAAAUAGGAAGGCGUUUUGCUGCUUGGAAUAAUGCAAAUCUCUGCUAUGUUACCAAACCAACAACCCAAAUGCCUUAUGGGGUAAAACCUUGUGUGCAGGAAAUUACUAUAUCUGAAGGGGUUCCAACUGUUAAGAUAAAUGAAGGGUAUUAUGAGGAUUCCUUUGUAGUGGCCUCUUUGGGAAGUUCAAGCUAUGUCUUUUAUGAGCUUUGGUGGGUUUUCAUUGUAAAUGGUAUUCUUAAUGUUUUCCUAUGGAAUAUGUCAUUUUAG